AUGGCUGGACCAGAGCAAGCGGCAAAGCAAUCGAGUGAAGUGUUGGGGCAGAGACGAACGUUAGGGAUGUGUCCGGUGAGAGCAGCAACAGUUGGAUUUGUGAUAAUUGGUGGACUUGGCUACAUGGUCUUGUACAGCAAGAAGAAGCCAGAAGCUUCAGCAGGUGAUGUUGCUAAAGUUAUGUCAGGUGUCUCUGGUACUACUGAGAAUACUCGUCCUCGUAACUGA